AUGGAUGAUGCCCAGCACCCCGAACGCCGACAUCAGCGUCAUUCAUCUGAGGGGGACGAGGAAGAGGAAGAGGAGGAGGACGACAUACCAAUCGUAGUGGACAGCAACGAUAACACAGCGCACAGAAACCCGCCUGGAUCCUCAGUGGUGAUUCUUCCGAUCUGCAGCGGACGUCUGCGUCCCUAUCGAAGAAUUCGACCACCAGACCAAAAAUGA